AUGUAACAACCUUCAUAGUUGUCUCAACUUCCUACUUUUUCAGAUAAAUCUAAAUUAUUCUGAAGUUCUACCAAAGCUAUUGUAACCAUGUCUUGGAGAUUUUUAUCCUCUACCCGCCGUUUUGAGCGCUUGGCAGGCCGUGCUCUCAGGAACAAUUCAACCUUCAUUGGCCUGAAAAAACGUGAUAUGAAAGAGCUUGGUCGGUAUCAAAGAUCCCCAGCAUUAUCAGAUGUUCUUGAAUCAUUUCAACAAUGGUGUUCAAAACCUCCGAAGGGGUUUGAGAAAUUUUUCAAAGAAAAACCAGGUUCCAAACCAACCAAAUCCUCUACUAAAGAUGUACCUAAAGAGACGAGAAAAUCCCAACCUAAACCUGCGGAAAAAUCCGAAAUGCCAGAUUUCUUUAAACUUGGUCAGAGAGGAGGGAGUAAGGGAGGGAGCGGGGGAGGAGGAGGGAUGGGCGGCCUAGGAAAUAUGCCUGAUGCAGAGAAGCAGAAACUAGCGUCAAUGGUUGGGUUGGGACUAGUUGGUGUACUAGCAAUGAUUUACAUGAAUCAAAUGAACUACAGGGAAAUUUCUUGGAAGGAAUUUGUGACCCAACAUCUUUCAAGAGGAACUGUAGAGAAAUUAGAAGUUAUUAAUCACAAGUGGGUCAAGGUUUACACUAAUUCCGCUGUUUCCGGAGAAGUACUCUGGUUUACUAUCGGAAGUUUGGAAACCUUUGAGAGAAAUCUUGAAGCUGUUGAACAUGAACUCGGGAUUGAACCAUCUCGUGCUGUUCCUGUUUUAUAUAAAUCCCAGAUGGAGAUGUCCAACGUGUUCUCCGUUCUUCCAACCCUACUCCUAAUAGGGUUUUUGGUCUGGUCAAUGCGCAGAGCAGGAUCUAUGAUGGGAGGAAUGGGAGGGAUGGGAGCUCCGGGUAGGGGUGGGAAGGGCGGAGGUAUGUUCGGAGGUAUGAUGCAGUCAACAGCUAAGAUAAUUGAUCCUGCAGAGAUAAAUGUAGCUUUUAAGGAUGUUGCUGGUUGCGAGGAGGCAAAGAUUGAAAUUAUGGAAUUUGUUAAUUUUCUGAAGAACCCCCAGCAGUAUACAGACCUUGGAGCUAAGAUUCCUAAAGGAGCAAUUCUAACCGGACCCCCCGGUACGGGUAAAACUUUAAUCGCGAAGGCAACCGCUGGGGAAGCAAAUGUUCCGUUUAUUUCUGUCUCUGGAUCCGAAUUUUUAGAGAUGUUUGUCGGAGUCGGACCUGCAAGGGUUCGGGAUAUGUUUGCAAUGGCGCGUAAGAAUGCUCCCUGCAUUCUCUUUAUCGAUGAAAUAGACGCGGUCGGACGGAAGAGAGGAGGAAGGAAUGUGGGUGGACAAAGUGAGGCGGAGAACACCCUGAACCAGCUCCUGGUAGAGAUGGAUGGGUUCAACACUGGAACUACCAACGUUAUUGUCCUUGCAGCAACCAACAGGAUGGAUAUAUUGGAUCAGGCUCUGCUCCGUCCUGGAAGGUUUGAUCGUCAGAUCUAUGUUCCUGCUCCAGAUAUUAAGGGUCGAUCAAGCAUUUUCAAGGUUCAUCUUGGAAACCUGAAGACUGACGUGGACAAGAUUGAAUUAUCGAAGAAGAUGGCUGCACUGACUCCUGGAUUUACUGGAGCAGAUAUCGCUAAUGUGUGCAAUGAAGCAGCCCUCAUAGCCGCUAGGGAGUUGGCUAAAAGCAUCGUUAUGAAGCACUUUGAAGCUGCGAUAGAGCGUGUGGUCGCUGGUAUGGAGAAGAAGACUAAUGUUCUGCAACCGGAGGAGAAGAAAACUGUUGCGUAUCACGAGGCAGGUCACGCUGUAGCUGGCUGGUUCCUAGAGCACGCUGACCCACUUCUUAAAGUUUCCAUUAUACCCCGUGGGAAGGGUUUAGGUUAUGCCAUGUAUCUACCCAAGGAGCAAUAUCUUUACACCACAGAACAGCUCUUCGACAGGAUGUGUAUGACACUGGGUGGAAGAGCAGCGGAGAGGAUAUUCUUCAACAGGAUCACUACAGGAGCACAAGAUGAUCUACAGAAAGUUACCAAAUCUGCAUACGGACAAAUUACUCAGUAUGGAAUGAACGAAGCAGUCGGAAACAUUAGUUUCGAGCAGCCACAGCAGGGGGAGAUGGUGUUCGAUAAACCUUUCUCCGAGGCCACGGCUCAACUCGUGGACGAGGAGGCCAAAAAGCUCAUCGACUCUGCCAUGACAAGAACUAUUGAGCUGCUCAACGAGCACAAGAAUGACGUUAUCAAAGUAAGGACUUGUUUCAAUUGUAUUUGAAUU